AUGGAUGAUCAAAUAUGGUAUUUGAGAACAUCAAAGCUGGCUCUGGCCUUGGCAAUUAUCCGCUCAACACCAGCAGACACAAGCAGCAGAGAAUACACAGAGCACCUUGCGAAGGUGGUGUCUGAGCAGGAGUCAACAUGGAGAUCAAAAGUCCAAGCCUUGGAAGCUGAAGUUCUGCAAUUACGCCACAAACUUCUUCUGAGCAGGAUGCAUGCGGGAGUGUUUAAGAGUGGAGACCCAUCUUCCCAGUUGCAGGCUCAGGAACCCGGAAGUUCUGAAAAUACAUUAAGUCUGCUGGAAGAUUCUGGGUGUGAUUUAUCAAAUGAGCAGAGAAGUGAGCCUUCAGAGAUGACCCAGCAUCUUGUGGAGAGCUGCACCUCCACACCCUUUCUACCACUGCCCAUUGUGAAAAGACAUUGUGCCACUCAGGAAAAUCCUCUGUCUUCCCACAUGCAAUUCUUGCAACAUCUACUUGAACUGAAGAACUUGACAGAAUCAGGGAGUCUGAAAACAGACUUAAGCCACUUUGAAAAUGACUUUUCCACAGUAUCUGAUUCUGUUUUUCAGUUGCUGGAUGGCCUGAUCACUUUUUACCGUAAACCCAAAUUUCCUUUUUCAAGCUUUUGGGCAGAAGCUGUUAAUACGUUAGCCAGACUGAUCAGUGAUUGUAACUUAUCUAAUCAUAUUCUUAAAAAGUGUUCCAAGAAGUUGGAAGAAUUUGAGAAAACCCUACUACAGGUUAUUUUAAGGAGCAACCAUAUAAAUCGGUUUCAGGUGCAGCAUUAUGUUUCUCAGAGUCUGGUAACCCUGGGAAGUUGCAGCUUGUUGAGAAAAUCUAUAAUAUCUCUGCUUUUAUCAGAAGUAAACAGCUUCAGUGAUGUUCUGGGUACCAUCGAUCAGGUUCAAGCCGGUUAUGUGACACAGUAUGAAAAUAUUUUCUCCCUGUUCUGGGUUCUGGAGCAGCUUCUUCAAAAGGAAACCAAAGAAGGCAACACUUCAAGCGUAGGGCAUGAUGAUCAAGAAAUCAAGAAAUUUCUUCAAAAGCAUGAUGAAACUAUUUUCCAACUCUCUGAUGCGUUUCCUUUAUUCACUUUUUAUUUAUGGAGACUGGGCAUUCUCUUGAACUCAGUAGAAACUGUUGAAAGUAACUCACGUCCUUAG